GUGUGUGUGUGUGUGUGUGUGUGUGUGUGCGCGCACGCACGCACUGACUUAAAUAACACAUGAACUUGAGCACCUGCUGAACACACUGAAAGAGCCAUCACAAUGAUUUUCAGGAUUAUUUUCUCUGUUUUUCUUUUUCUAGCACUGUCAGGUGCUGGAACAAUAAGUCUUAUCGGGAAGAGUCACAAAGGAGACAAUCCUCUGCUCAAUUAUGUGGUGAAUAACUCUUUAAGGGAGCAUCCAGUCCUUACUAAACUGCGCCUGAGAACAAUGGAAGAUUCAAGGAACAGUAUGAUGGUGGCUCCAGAACAAGCUCAGUUCAUGGCUAAUCUAAUAAAACUUAUUAAAGGCAACAAAACCAUUGAAGUAGGCAUGUAUACAGGAUACAACACUUUGAGUAUGGCUUUGACCAUUCCUGAGGAUGGCCGAGUGGUGGCCUGUGAAAUCAGUGAUGAUUAUAUGCAGAUAGCCAAGCCAUUCUUUAAAGAGGCUGGAGUAGAAAAGAAAAUUGACAUCCGCCAACAAAUUGCACUUAAAACCUUGGAUGAACUCCUUGAGGCUGGUGAAGCUGAAACCUAUGACUUUGUAUUCAUUGAUGCAGACAAGACAAACAAUGAAAAUUACUAUGAGAAAUCCCUCCAGCUUAUUCGUAAAGGUGGCAUAAUAGCUAUUGAUAAUGUCCUUUGGGGAGGGAAAGUCAUAAAUCCUGACAAGGAUGAUGUCAUCUCCCAGACCACUGACCGGCUGAAUAAGAAACUCCACAAAGACCAGCGAGUGGAUCUGAGCAUGCUCACUGUGGGUGACGGUUUAACACUGGCUAUUAAAUUAUAAUCCUUUCCUAAAUAGCCCUUGUAUAAUUGAUAUUGAUAAAUAAAUACAAGUUAAUCAUAUAUUAUGUGAUUGUUUAUUAAAGGCAUAGAUAUUAUUCAACUCACUGAUCUCUUUUACUUCCUGUCUUGAGAAAUGUUGAAUAAAUUGAAAAAUUCAGA